AUGGAGAGAUUGAAGAAAAAACUCAAAGACCGAGCUAAGAAAGAAAGACUGCAAGUAGGCUUGCCAGCCGAACAGAAGAAAUGUCCGUGGUACAUAAAUUCAACUUUCGACUCUGACGAUGAAUCGGAAGAAGAUGAAGGCGAAAAUGACGGACAUUCAUCCAUUCAGAAACGAGAACAAACACCAAAGAAGCCAACCAAGCCUCCGGAAGACAAGCCCCCGGAAGACAAGCAGAACAAACGUUUGGACACGAUGGACGAGAAUAAACAAGCAAAAACUACUCCUGAGUCGGGCACCACACCAGAAAGACAGAAUUCCACUCAUCCACUGGGAUACGUCAUGGAACACGGAUAUGACAGUGAGAAAUGGAAAAGGUCUGACUUUUUAAGACAACUAGGGGAGCUGGCUUGCGAACCUUGGGAUGUUCAUUAUACCAGCCGGUGUUUCAAAGCUUCCAAGGACUUUUCCACACCCAACGGCUCUAAUUGCAGCGAGAUGGCAAUAAAGAAGAAGCGCGCCAAGAAAGAGGCCCCCAAAUGA